CUCAUUAGGAGACUCAAUUGACUCAGAACACUAGCGCACACGGAAUCAGUCUCUCCUUGCUCUAUAUAUUCCGCCAAAAAUUUUAGUGAGAGAGCGUUUGUUAUCCCCAACAAUGGCUUCUUCUUGUGCUAACCAGAACUUGGCGAUGCUAAUCUCACUGACUGUGAUUCUGCUAAUCUCACCCGCGUAUUCCCAGAGCUGCUCCUCCCAGUCCUUCGCCAACAAAAUGCUCUACACCCAAUGCGCCGACCUCCCAACCCUCAGCUCUACCCUCCACUGGUACUACGACUCCGCCAACUCCACUCUCGCCAUCGCCUUCAUCGCGCCGCCGGCCAAGCCCGCCGGAUGGACCUCCUGGGCCAUCAACCCCACCGGCACCGGCAUGGCCGGGGCCCAAACGCUCCUCGCCUACAAAACCUCCUCCGGCGCCAUGGCCGUCAAGACCUUCAACAUCAGCUCCUACAGCUCCAUCGUACCCGGAAAGCUCGCCUUCGACGUCUGGGACACGGCCGCUGAGUCCUCCGGCGGGGUCUUCCGGUUGUUUGCCAAGGUGAAGGUGAAGACUGGGCAGGUGAACCACGUCUGGCAGGUGGGGCCGUCCGUCGUAGAUGGGUUUCCGGCGAAGCAUGCUUUUGAUGCACCCAAUCUUCAGGCUAAAGGGACUCUCACCUUGACCGGAACUAAUGCCGGUGUCGCCGGGGCCGGAGCCGAUCCCAAGUUGAAGGACAGGAAUAUUCAUGGAAUUCUGAAUGCUGUGAGUUGGGGGUUUUUGUUUCCACUGGGGAUCAUUAUAGCAAGGUACAUCAGGACUUUUCCGUCUGCGGAUCCUGCAUGGUUUUAUCUCCAUAUAUCCUGCCAAAUAUCUGCUUAUGCCAUCGGUGUCGCCGGCUGGGCCACCGGACUGAAGCUUGGAAGGGGUGAAUACACCACCCACCGCAACAUCGGAAUUACCCUCUUCACCUUUGCAACUGUGCAGAUGCUUGCAUUGUUCUUGAGACCUGGUAAGGAUCACAAGUACAGGCUCUACUGGAACAUCUACCACCACAGCGUUGGAUAUGCGAUUCUAGUGCUUGGCAUUGUGAAUAUUUUCAAAGGCUUAGACAUUCUAAAUCCUACUAACCAUUGGAAAACCGCUUACAUAAUUGCCAUCUGUGUGUUGGGUGGGAUCGCCGUAGUCUUGGAAAUAUUGACUUGGAUUGUUGUACUAAACAGAAGGUCAAGUAAGUCCACCAAGCCAUACGAUGGAUAAAGUCAACAGUCGACAAGGGUGAUCGAGGUCUCCCAUUGCAGAUAUACUGAUCUUGUAAUAUCCUUGUGGCCUCGCUUUGUUCAUUAUCCCUUGGAUUUUCUUCCGUCUCUUGCUUGUAUAACAGAUUUAUUUAUUUAGGAUUCAUAUUUAUUAUAUACACCUAUAUUGUGAAGUUCAAUUUCCCACAUGCUUAUCGAUUGCCUCUUUGGUUAGUGUAA